AUGUCCGAAGUUAUUGAAGGUAAUGUUAAAAUCGAUAGAUUGACCCCAGGUGAUGGUAGCAACUUCCCAAAGGUCGGUGAUUUAGUCACCAUCCACUACACUGGUACUUUGGAAAACGGUCAAAAGUUCGACUCUUCUGUUGACAGAGGUUCUCCAUUCCAAUGUAACAUUGGUGUCGGUCAAGUCAUCAAGGGUUGGGAUGCUGCUAUUCCAAAGUUAUCUGUCGGUGAAAAGGCUAGAUUGACCAUUCCAGGCCCAUACGCCUAUGGUCCACGUGGUUUCCCAGGAUUAAUCCCACCAAAUGCUACUUUGAUUUUCGAUGUUGAAUUGUUAAAGAUUAACUAA